AGAUUUUUAUAUUUGGCUGAAUUACUUUGCAUCCUCCAUUUUUUACACUUUUUCCUCUUCUCUUUCUCCUAAUUUCCAUUUCAGAAUCGACUUCUUUCUUCUUACAUCUGUUUUGUAUAUCUAUCUUUAAUUGCGGUUGGAGUGCCUUGAUCCGCCUUAGGUUGCAGUUUUUAUAGAAUUUGAUUCUUUUGAUGAACAUCAUGUCAGUGGGAACUUCUGAGGCAGUUCUGCAAGUUUUAUCUGGGGCUGCUUCUCGGCCGUUAAGGGGUAAUCUGUAUUUAACCUCUUCUGUUUUAAGAUUCCCUUCUAAAUUCCACAUCAAAUCUGGAAAAGGGAGGGCCUCAAAGCAUAUGCAGUUCUUCAAGUAUUCGAAUACUGUACAAAGUCAAUGUCAAAUAGGAAGCUAUUGGAAUAAAGGGCUAGGUGGUAGUUUUUAUGGCAAAGCUGCUGUUGACAGGUUGAUGCUUCUUAGUUGCAAAUGCCAGCAAGCAGAAAGUGCAAGUGAGAUAACUGCUGAGCAAAAAAAUGGAGCAUGGUUUGUGGAUAGUGCAAAGACAUUAAAUCUAAAUGGUGCAGUGGACAUGCCAAAUAUUUUGGAGUUUGAAGACCUUCAGCAAGCGAAGGAGGAGGGUUUGACAUCUAAUGGUGCAACUGAGGGUUUGACAUCUAAUGGUGCAACUGACUCAGCAACAACAAACUUUCGCAAAGUUAGUGUUGAUCCCAUUGAGGAUGAAGCGUGGGACUUGCUGCGGGAUUCUGUAGUAUACUAUUGUGGCUGUCCUGUUGGAACAAUUGCUGCCAAUGACCCCACAAGUUCCAAUAUGUUGAAUUACGAUCAAGUAUUUAUUCGUGACUUUAUACCUUCUGGUAUUGCUUUUCUAUUAAAAGGAGAGUAUGACAUUGUUCGGAAUUUCAUCCUUCAUACACUUCAAUUGCAGAGCUGGGAAAAAACAAUGGACUGUUAUAGCCCUGGUCAGGGUUUGAUGCCUGCAAGUUUUAAGGUGCGUACGGUUCCUCUUGAUGAUGAUGAAUCUGCUACAGAGGAGGUUUUGGAUCCAGACUUUGGAGAGGCAGCAAUUGGUCGUGUUGCACCUGUUGACUCUGGAUUAUGGUGGAUUAUAUUAUUACGUGCAUAUGGGAAGUGCUCUGGUGAUCUUUCUGUUCAGGAGAGAAUUGAUGUGCAAACUGGAAUAAAGAUGAUUCUGAGGCUAUGUCUUGCGGAUGGUUUUGAUAUGUUUCCAACAUUAUUAGUGACAGAUGGAUCUUGCAUGAUAGACCGCCGUAUGGGAAUUCAUGGUCACCCUCUGGAAAUCCAGGCACUUUUCUAUUCAGCUUUACUAUGUGCACGUGAAAUGCUUGCUCCAGAUGAUGGAUCUAAUGAUCUUAUUCGUGCGCUCAAUAAUCGUUUGGUGGCCCUUUCAUUCCAUAUCAGAGAAUAUUAUUGGCUUGAUUUGAGAAAACUCAAUGAAAUUUACCGUUACAAGACUGAGGAGUAUUCAUAUGAUGCAGUUAAUAAGUUCAACAUUUACCCUGAUCAAAUUCCUCCUUGGUUGGUGGAAUGGGUGCCCAAUAAAGGAGGCUACCUAAUUGGGAACUUGCAACCAGCUCACAUGGAUUUCCGAUUCUUCUCACUUGGGAACUUGUGGUCUGUUGUAAGUGGUCUUGCAACGAGAGAUCAGUCACAUGCCAUCUUGGACCUUAUUGAAGCCAAAUGGGCAGAUUUGGUUGCAGACAUGCCGUUAAAGAUAUGUUACCCAGCUCUUGAAGGUCAAGAGUGGCAGAUUAUCACUGGGAGUGAUCCUAAGAACACGCCUUGGUCCUACCACAACGCUGGUUCAUGGCCAACACUACUCUGGCAGUUCACAGUUGCAUGCAUAAAGAUGAAUAGACCAGAAAUGGCCGCUAAAGCUAUUGAGGUUGCAGAAAAACGCUUAUCAAGGGACAAAUGGCCUGAAUAUUACGAUACAAAGAAAGGGAAGUUUAUUGGAAAACAAUCACACCUGUUCCAGACCUGGUCUAUUGCAGGUUACCUUGUUGCGAAGCUCCUGCUUGCCAACCCAACCGCAGCAGACUUUCUGAUAACUGAUGAGGAUUCUGAGCUUGUCAAUGCCUUUUCUUGCAUGAUAAGUGCUAACCCAAGAAGAAAGCGAGGUAGGAAGAACCUAAAGCAGCCCUACCUAGUAUGAUUGUAUGAAUUCCAGUUACACCAACAUGGAGUAAGUCUUUACAUUAUUAUGGUACACUCCUGAGUCAUUGAUUCCUGGCCAUACUUUGAAAUGGGCCACGAAUAUGAAAUUUUCUUUUACUUAAUUCUGAUUGGAGAGCUUCGAUGCUAGAUCAGUCUUCUAUCUGAUAUUAUAUGUAAAGAUUACAUUCUUUAUAUACUUAAUUUAAAGAUUAUUUGCUCUGAUUUCAGGGUAGUAAUAAAACAAGUCCUGAAACAUACCAUUAUUAUGUAAUGAACAGCAGAAACUAUUUCGGUUUUAUGUUGUAUAUUAUGAAUGGAAUGAAUGAUUAUUUCACAU